UUGGAGCUGGGCUGCGGGGAGACUCCUCCGGCUCCGGGGCCGCCGAUUCCUCGUGGACCGCCGAGCUGGGUCUGCAGCAGCCAUGGGGCACCCGGUUCCUCGGGGGCAGGAGUGCCCCGUGGCUCCAGUGCACCAGUCCCUGAGAUGUCACUGAGAGCUGAAAGCCAUGCAGCUACAUCGACACUGAAGAAAGUCGCUGCAGACAUGAGCAACAUCAUUGAGAGCCUGGACACCAGGGACCUCCACUUGGAUGGGGAGGAGGUUGAAUCAGAAGUGCUAAAUGACCCAAAAGGCACCGUGUAUAUUCCUUUCUCUGCCAUCUAUCACACCCAUGGGUUCAAAGAGCCGGGCACGCAGACAUACCUCACGGGAUGCCCCGUUCGAGUGCGUGUGUCAGAAGUGGAACGCUUUACUUCCACAAAGAAGGUACCAAGCCCCAAUGUUUACACCAUCGAGCUGACCCAUGGAGAGUUCACCUGGCAGGUGAAAAGGAAGUUCAAGCACUUCCAGGAGUUUCACAGGGAGCUGCUGAGGUACAAAGCCUUCGUGCACAUCCCUAUCCCAACCAGGAGUCACACGGUGAGAAGACAAUCCAUCAAAAGGGGAGAACCGAGGCAGAUGCCAAGUCUGCCCCACACAGCAGAGAGCACGGUGCGGGAAGAGCACUUUUCCAGCAGGAGGAAACAGCUGGAAGACUACUUGACAAAGAUCCUAAAAAUGCCAAUGUACAGGAACUACCACGGAACGAUGGAGUUUGUCGGAGUAAGCCAGCUGUCAUUCAUCCAUGACCUGGGACCAAAGGGCAUAGAAGGGUUCAUCAUGAAGCGCUCCGGGGGCCAUCGCAUACCUGGCUUGAACUGCUGUGGCCAAGGGAGGAUGUGCUACCGAUGGUCCAAAAGGUGGCUGGUGGUGAAGGACUCUUUCCUGCUGUACAUGAAGCCAGACUCAGGGGCCAUUUCAUUUGUCCUGCUGGUGGAUAAGGAAUUCAACAUUAAGAUAGGCCAGAAAGAAACAGAAACGAAAUACGGGUUGCAGAUCGACAAUCUCUCUAGGUCAUUGAUUUUGAAGUGUAACAGCUACAGACAUGCCCAGUGGUGGAGGCAGGGCAUAGACGAGUUUAUUCGGAAACACGGCAAGGACUUCCUCACAGAGCACCGCUUCGGAUCUUACGCAGCCGUGCAGGAGAACACGCUGGCCAAGUGGUAUGUAAACGCUAAGUGGUACUUUGAAGAUGUCGCAAAUGCCAUGGAAGCUGCUAAGGAAGAAAUUUUCAUCACAGAUUGGUGGCUCAGCCCAGAAAUCUUCAUGAAACGACCUGUUGUGGAAGGAAAUCGCUGGCGGCUGGACUGCAUCCUCAAGCGGAAAGCACAACAAGGGGUGAGGAUUUUUGUGAUGCUGUACAAAGAGGUGGAGCUUGCCCUAGGUAUCAACAGUGAAUAUAGCAAGCGGACACUUAUGCACCUCCAUCCAAACAUUAAGGUGAUGAGACACCCAGACCAUGUGUCUUCCUCCGUGUACCUCUGGGCCCACCACGAGAAGCUUGUCAUUGUUGACCAGUCUGUGGCAUUUGUGGGUGGCAUUGACUUGGCAUAUGGCAGGUGGGAUGACGACGAGCACCGGCUGACAGAUGUGGGCAGCGUGAAGCGAAUGGUGGCAGUGAAGUCAGUGUCAGCAAUUAACCUGACAUCUGCAGCAGAGUCUGAACAUGUCCCCCUGCAAUCUCAAGCUCUGUCCCCCGAAAGCCCCUUGUUCCAGAGAAAUGCUGAUGAUGCCCCAGACACAUCAAAAAUGAAAGGAGUAGGAAAACCCAAAAAGUUUUCAAGGUUCAGUAUUUACAAGCACCUCCAUAAACACGGCAUGCACCAUGCUGACAGCGUCAGCAGCAUCGACAGUGAUUCAAGUUACUAUAACCCCACUAGAAGUCAACCAAAUAUAAUCCAGACUUUAAAGCCCCAUCUGAAAAUCUUCCAUCAUCACAGUGAAUCCAAACAGGGGCUCACAGAGCCUCGGGAGGAUAAAGGAUCCAUCCGCAGCUUGAAGACAGGUGUUGGCGAGCUGCUUGGGGAAACCAGGUUCUGGCAUGGAAAAGACUAUUGCAACUUUGUCUUUAAAGACUGGGUUCAACUUGACAAACCUUUUGCUGACUUCAUUGACAGAUACACUACCCCGAGGAUGCCCUGGCAUGACAUCUCCUCUGUGGUACAUGGCAAAGCAGCGCGGGAUGUUGCCCGACACUUCAUCCAGCGCUGGAACUUCACCAAGAUUAUGAAGCCCAAAUACCGAUCCCUGUCCUACCCAUUCCUGCUGCCAAAAUCUCAGCAAACUGCUAAUGAGUUGAAGUAUCAGGUGCCCGAGGCUGUUCAUGCCACAGUCCAGGUGAUCCGUUCUGCUGCUGACUGGUCGGCUGGCAUUAAAUACCACGAGGAGUCCAUCCACAAUGCCUAUAUCAGUGUGAUAGAAAACAGCAAGCACUACAUAUAUAUCGAAAACCAGUUUUUUAUUAGCUGUGCUGAUGACAAAGUUGUCUGGAACAAGAUCGGCGAUGCGAUUGCACAGAGGAUUCUUAAAGCUCACAGGGAAAACAAACGUUUCCGAGUAUACGUGGUGAUCCCGCUGCUGCCUGGGUUUGAAGGAGACAUUUCAACUGGUGGGGGAAGUGCGCUGCAGGCCAUAAUGCACUUCAACUACAGGACCAUGUGCCGAGGAGAAAACUCAAUCCUGGGCCAGUUGAAGACGGAGGUUGGAGAUAAGUGGAUAAACUACAUAUCCUUCUGUGGACUUCGAACAUAUGCUGAAUUGGAAGGAAAACUAGUCACAGAGCUCAUCUAUGUUCACAGCAAACUGCUUAUUGCUGAUGACAACACAGUUAUAAUUGGCUCUGCCAACAUCAAUGACCGCAGCAUGCUGGGAAAGAGGGACAGUGAGAUGGCCAUCAUCGUACAGGACACUGAGACCAUCCCCUCUGUGAUGGAUGGGGAAGACUACAGCGCUGGGAAGUUUGCCCAGUCCCUCCGGCUGCGGUGCUUCAGGGUUGUCCUUGGCGGCUCCGAUCUCAGUCCAGAACACCAGGAUCCUGUUUGUGACAAAUUUUUCAAGGAGGUGUGGAUUUCUACAGCAGCUCGCAAUGCCACCAUCUUUGAUAAGGUUUUUCGAUGCCUUCCCAGUGACCAGGUGAAUAAUUUAACCCAACUGCGUGAUUUCAUCAACAAGCCCAAAUUAGCGAAUGAUGAUCCUGUGAAAGCAGCAGAGGAAUUGAAAAAGAUUCGUGGGUUUUUAGUACAAUUCCCCUUUCGUUUUCUGGAGGAAGAGUACUUGCUUCCCUCCGUUGGAACAAAGGAGUCCAUGGUACCCAUGGAGGUUUGGACUUAAGAAGACUGCUUUAUGUUUUAAACCCUGGUUCUCCAGGGACAAGUUGUUGAACAAUACAGGAUUUUGGAAAGCCUUUUAUUGCUGAGAGAGGUGACAGAUCUCCACCAAGCUAACGUGCCUUUCUUAAGGAUUUUGGUGGAGGAACUCAAAGCAGGUGAACACUAGCAAAGGAGAGGAGCAGAGAGACUUUAUGGCAGAUGAGAAGUUUAACCUCUGAAGGAGUUACUUCUUAAGGCAUGUUCCGAGUGCCUAAAGGAUGCAGGCCACUUCCUAGGACAAGAAACAAAUCCCAGUUGCUGUUGUUACUACUGCCAGCUGUAUACUGUGGUUGCAUACGUACUGUGAUCGUGCUGUGGCUGUGCAGGAAUCGUGGGCUGCAUGUGCUUCUAAGGCUUUUGGGUAUCUGCACCUUGGCUUGCUGGAGUCCCCCAUCUCACCCCUUUCAUAUGCCAACAGAGCAUGUCAUACAGCUCUGGUGCUGUCAGGAAGUGCUGUCUUGUGCUGCCUUGGGCUGUCCUACCACUUGCAGGCGUUUCACUUCUUAAAUGGAAAUGGACUAAGACUCUUUUAUCAGAAUCAGCAUUUCAGUCUUUUCUCCCCUUUGGGGGGAAAAACUCCAAAUGUUUCUAUCACAGCUAGAGCAAUCAGCAGUUCUCACAUGCAGUGCAUGGCACUGCCUAGGUCUUGGCAAAAGGCAGCCUCGAUGGAGCCGGAGGUGCUGAAAAUCACCAGAGUUUGCUGACCUUUGCAGGCAUGUAACACGUCAGUUUGUUGAGAAUGGAUGUGAAUGCUUUCUCCAGGAGAGGAUGAAGGUUUAAACUUGAGCCUUAGAUCAUCUCUGGAGCUGAAAGAGGGCAAGGCACUGCCUGUAAUGGGACAGAAACUUGAAACCCAGCAUGGGUCGAGCAAAGCUCUGUGCUCUGCGUCCUCCAUUCAUGCAUUUAAUUUGUAGUACAUAGGUAGACUUUUCUUUCCAACCCUUUCCUCCCUUUUAAGGGAGAGAAAGGCCAUUAGGCUAGAGCUGAUGCCAUGCUCAAACUGAGCUGACAUGUCCCUUCAUAGGUGGGAUGAAUGUAAGGGGGAAGGGAAGCAGUUAGCAAAACCUUCACUGUGGUCUCCUUUGUUAUUAGACCAGCCACAAUCUUUGAGCUCAGCCAUGCAAGAUGUGUCUUCCUAAGCACAGGGAAAACUCAGCAUGCCAAACCCUGUUUUCCAUUUCUGUAAGACAAUUUCCAAAGCUAUUUUGCAUCUCACUGUGCAGCGAAGCGGCAAUUUCACUCAGCAUCCCUAGGCAAAACACCACCACUCCUGGCUCAGGACCUCACAUGGUGGGUGCUGUCCUGGGUCUUUGCUUUAUCUGCAGUGAGCCGUGUCUCCCAGUUUUAUGUCCAGCUCCAACUGCAAUCCUAGGAGAGGUGUUCCCUCGCAGUCAGCAGUGCCAUGUCAAACACCAAGAGACUGGACUGUUAGAAAUGCCUAGUGAAGAGUCGUAUCUGGAAAAGUGGGAGGCUGAGCUCCUCGGCUGCUGUGGUGUAUGGGGGGAAUCCCUUUGCUAGCUGCAUUUAACCCUGUGCCCAACAAUCCUUAGUCAAAAGACCAGGUGAACUAUUUACUUUAAUUCACAAGCAAGUUUGGUUUUAUCUUUCCUGCCUCUUCCACAGUCUUACUCAUUUUUUAACUGGAAAAGAAUCACACCUGUUGCCAAGCUAUUCCCGAAACAUAGCUGGCACAUUUUAGCUGAUUGCCUUUGGUGUCUUCAGAUGUGUAAAUAGGAGCCAGAUAAUUCUGUACCUACUGUGUCACCCAAGUAACAACUCCAGACAUUUUUCCAGCCCUUUCCUACAGUUCCCACUGUUUUGCGCUUACGUUUUGUAGAUACAGUUACAUAUUACACUCCUUUCUGGUUGGUUCAUCUGUGGUCUGGCUAGGCUGAUGGAGGUGCAUGUGCAGCAUUUUAUGUGUUGAUCUUUGGUCCAGGGGGUUGGUGCUUUUAGCUGGUGCACUGUUAGCAGGUAAGUAGGUUCCCUUAAUUUUUGAUUUUUCCCUUAAAAAAAAUUGACCUGGGGUCACCCCCUGCAGAACCAGAGUGAUACGUGCUUCGACCAUUUGCAAUCAAGAAAGAUCAAAGUUGUCUUGUUAUUAUACAUCAGUGCAAGUUCAGAGCUUUCCUCUCCUGAUAUGUUUUUAGCUGUUUUAGUAUGAACAACGCUGCUAACUUUAAACAAUUACAGCCUGUCAAAGAAUCAUUGUAAGUCAUACAAAUCUGUAUUCAUAGUUGAAAAGGAAGCAUUCAACCCUGCCACCCCUACACCUGAACCUUGAAGAAGUGGAAGACUCCUGUCACCUUCUAAGUGCUCUUAUUGUCUCCAUCCUCAUAUUAGUGAAGACUUUUGUAAGUGUUAAAUUAUCCUUAUAUUGACUCUUAAAGUGGUAGGUAGCUAACUACUGGGGCUUCAUAACCAGUGGCAUUAGGUCCCCUUCUGCCGUGCUCCUUUGGGGGAAAAAAACACCCAGGUUCUGCAGCAGUCAGCCCACAGUGUGAUGGAUGCUGGUCCCAAGCAACACAGCAGAGCCAUGGAGGAGAGGUUUAAUUGCCUGAUUAUGUAUGAAAAGGUGAUAAUUAAGAAGGUCUUUUGUUAUUAAAAUAGCAGACAAGCCUCACAUUGGCUCUCUGUCCAGAAGGAGGUUUCCCUUGGAUGGAACAGAGGAGCUGUGCUGAACAUCCAUGUGUUAGUGCUAAAUUCCAGAUACCAGGAAUUUAGUAAUGUUCAAAUGCUGGCAAGGUGUGCAAGGCAGCCUUGGUACAGUGCAGGGAUCCUGGCAUUCCCCAGGGCUCAAGGGGCCACUGAAGCCCCCCAUGGAUGUGGCACUGCUCACCUCAAACAGAUGCUGGGGCUGGAGCCAUUUCCAGUGAAGGCACAACACUUGUUUGCACACAUAGGCUGUGCUGUGCAAAGCUGGGUCCUUGCAUCCUGUCAGCUAGAGGUUUACUUCUUAUAUUAAGAAGCCUGUGAGAUUGAGUGCCUUGAGAGGGUUAAUUUCUGCACCUAAACAAUCACUACUACUUAGUCUGUAAGUGUGGGUUUAAUACCUUCAAGCUGGAGAGGAUCACUCACAAAUAUACAGUACUGUAACAAGCAAUGUGGUUUCAAGCACUAGCAAACCCAGGAACAUGAACUGCUUCUUGUGGCAUUUAUUUGUUAGAUCUAUAGGAAAUGAGAACUUCUCCCAGGCUCAAUCUUUAUUUUGUAGUUCAACCUGAGUAGAACACCUGCCCCAUAACCUCCUUUUAAUUUAUUCCUUAACACAUGCCACUUUGAGAACUCAUACUCCUUUUUAAUAGUCUGAUAUUUUAAAAUGUGUUUUAUUGUACAGGUGCUGGACUGGGUAAAUGUUCUAUUGCAAAGUUAGUGGAUGGUUUAAAAAACAAGGGAUAAAAUAUCAUCAUAUGUAUGUUAGAACAUCACUAGAAAAUGAUUUGCAGAAGAACUACUCCAGUGUUCCAUGGCAGAUGCCAAGUGCUCAGCUCAGUUUCUGGUCUCUUGGUCUCAGUUUGUCGCUUGACUUGAUGUGAGCUUUGCUAGAUUAAACCUCAAAUGCUCCAUUUUCAUUUCUUUUGGUGAGGUUUUGGAACAUAAUUUUGCAAUCCUGGUGCUGUCCCUCGGGGGAGACCUCAGUGUAGGUUUUGCCUCACUGGGACCCUGAUAUUAAUAAUUUACAAUAUCUUUUUUCCUUCCAAGGAAACGUCUAUGUACAAUCAAGCACAGAUAUGGUUUUCUAUUUUUAUUUCAAUGUGACAAGUUCUUUGUGCAUUGCGCUUGUGAAACAUUGAAAUAAAAGUCUGAAUGGUCCUUUUGGUUAAUGCCGUCUUGUUCUCCUGCUGAAUAUAAAGACCCAAAUCCACACUGGUCUAAACUGACACACAUCCGUCAGCUGCAGAGCUGCUGUAGUGGUUUUCUGGCAGAAAAGACUUGGUCUGUAGGGUGCAGUGGUGACCAAGGUGAGGAGAGCAAGCGGGCUUCAGACCAGGUACAGGAGCAGAGGUUGGCCUACAAGAUGGGAAUACACUCACAUUGUGUGGUUUGAAGCCAGCAACCCCUUCUGUGCAGCUGAGGUACUGCUGAAAGCAGGAGCUUUGCAGAAUCAAGCCUUAAACCAGGAGUGUAAUGCCAUAGCAGUGAAUCAAGUUAAGCCUGCAAAACUAAGGUAUAUCAAAGUGGAACAGACCCACAGACUAUCCAUUGACCACUGAAUGCCAUGAUCCUCUUGGGAUUUCUUUUUUUUCCCGAAUUUUUUUUUUAAUUUCCUUCCCUGUUUCCUUGUUACAUCUUCCAGUAUUUGUGAUUAUUCUAUUUUUCCCUCCCAGUAUGUCUUCCUAAAAUCUCCAUGUAAACAAUUCUAAUUUACCUCUUUCCUGACACAUGGGAAAUGGAAAAAGUGUCAAAAGUCGCAGUUCUGGGAAUUGUUGGGGUUGGAUUAUUUUCUAAAUCAUGUAUUUAGCUAAACUAAUCAACAAAAAAGGACCUUCCACUUCAGAUAUGUCUCUGUGCAUCGAUACCUUCCAACAGUGCGGUUGUGAACACUGAAUAUCCCUUCUGUGAAGGCUGCUGGAAUUGAGUUUUGUGUCCUUGUUUCUGCUAACGAUUGCUUUUCUUUCCACUCCAUUUGUAUCUGGUAAAUGAAUGUGUAUUAAUGGACUGAAAAUACAACUGAACAUCAUAUCAAAA